GGCAUUUCCCCUUCCAACUCCCCCCCAUAAUCGUACGAACGUGGCUCUGGGCAUCACCACGUUUUAGGCGAAAGAUCGAUGAUGGCUUCGCAGCGGGAGGCGUCCAAUUCCUCAUAACCGUCAAUGCCGCCUCUGAUAUGCGCCCUCCCCUAAAGAGCGCCACUGGCAGCGCACUCUUCAUUAUCAGCCAAGUCCGAAAGUUCCGGCAGAAUAAGAAAGAAUGGGAGGGCUUUGGGAAAUACGUCGUCGAUAACGUAGCCAAGGUAGUUGUAGCCGUAAGGACCUAUGACACGUCAGCGCAAGAGGCAACGUCAUGGGUGGAGAGCGCUACAAAGCUUGAUGGUGUGCUACAGACGAUUAAGUCCGAAAUCGAUCGAAGACUCGCAAAAACAGAGAAUCGGUCCGCUUUAAUAAAUGCGUUGUCCCGCCUGAGAGAUUCAGGAAGGAUUGACGGCCUUAAGAGAGACUUUGAUGGAGCCUUGGCAUCGUUGCAGUUUCAGAUGAACUCGACGAUUGGUGCCACAUUGCCAGCCAUGGAAGAUAGUAUAGGCCGUCUACAGCGACAAAAUUCCUGGUUUCUUCGACACCCCAACACCGACCAUUAUGAUCCAACUGGGCCAUGCCUGAACGGCACCAGGGUCGGUCUCAUUAAGCGCAUUAUGACCUGGUGUCGCAAUACUGGCGAUAAUGAGAAUCGGCUCAUGCUACUGACUGCUGUGGCCGGCGCUGGCAAGACUUCGAUUGCGCUCACGGUAGCAGAACAAUGUGAAGAGGAGGCUACCCUGUUACUGUCCUUUUUCUUCAAAGCUGGGGAACAGUCGUGGCCCGAUCGUCUGCUCAGUGGUAUAGCCUCAGCUCUAGAAGACCACGAUCCGGUUUACGGCGAUCUCAUUGCCUCCGCCCGUCGGAAAGAUCCUACUCUCUCGACGGCUCCACUCCUGAUACAAUUCAAGAAAUUGGUGGCCUCGCCCCUCCUCCAUAACCCCCCCCUUCCAACCGUCCCAUGGUGGUCAUUAUUGACGCUUUAGACGAAUGUAACAACAAAGCAUUCGAACCCCUUGCUAAUAUUCUUCGGGUGGAAGUUCCCAAAUUACCGCCUUCCAUAAAAUUCUUUAUCACAUCGAGACAAUUUAAGCCCGUUGAUCGCUUCCUCUCACCCCAUCUUCCUAUCAAUCACCUUACCAUUGAUCUCUCGGAUGACGCGAACGUGCAGGACUGCGCUACGUACAUACGUUCGGAGCUGCAAAAACUGAAGGAUUGUCACCCCGAUGUACGGGAUAAACUGCAGGACGAGCAGGAAAUGGUACGGGAGAUCUUGGAACGAGCAGGUGGCUUGUUUAUUUGGAUC